AUGCAAACUCCAUCUUCAGGACUCAGAACCCUAACAGUUGUGAUUGCAAUUGUUUUCGGUGUAGUUCUAUUAGGCGGCGGAGUAUGGCUGGCAGCACUGGGUGGGUCUUGGUACUACAUCAUUGCCGGGAUACUUUUCAUUGCAACAGCAAUCUUAUUACGCAAAUUAAAUAGUUCUGCUUUAUAUGUCUAUGCAGCAUUAGUACUCGGCACAGUUGUCUGGGGACUCUGGGAAGUCGGUUCAGACUUCUUCGCGCUUGCACCGCGUUUAGAUAUUUUAGGUGUGUUUGGCUUAUGGCUACUCAUUCCAGCAGUAACACGUGGUUUCGAUGCCAAAGGUGCUAAAAUUGCACUUUCAGGUACAUUGGCGAUCACCAUUGCGGUUAUGGCUUAUUCUAUCUUUAAUGAUCCACAAGAAAUUCGUGGGACUUUAACCAGUAAACAACCAACGCCAGCAGCGAUUGAUGGUAUUGCAGAUGCAGACUGGCCAGCUUAUGGUCGGACUCAAUCUGGUUUACGCUAUUCUCCGUUGAAUCAAAUCAACUCAGAGAAUGUUAAAGAUCUUAAAGUUGCUUGGACCUACCGUACAGGUAAAGAGAAAUGGGUAUUUGAUCCAAAACUCAAAGCGGAUAAUACCUUCCAACAUUUAACUUGUCGUGGUGUUUCUUAUUACGAUGCAGACAAUACCGUUGGUUUCGCUGCAAGUUUACAAGCAAAAAAAUCCUCAUCUACCGAAUGUCCGCGUAAAGUUAUUUUACCAGUCAAUGAUGGUCACAAUACCGUUGGUUUCGCUGCAAGUUUACAAGCAAAAAAAUCCUCAUCUACCGAAUGUCCGCGUAAAGUUAUUUUACCAGUCAAUGAUGGUCGUAUCGUUGCGGUAAAUGCUGAAACAGGUAAAGCAUGUUCUGACUUUGGUCAUAACGGUGAAGUUGAUUUACAAAAGGAUAUGCCAUUCCCUUAUCCGGGUGGUUAUAUUCCAACAUCACCACCUGUUGUCACAGGCACCACAAUUAUCAUUGGUGGUUCAACGACAGAUAACUAUUCGACUCAAGAGCCUUCUGGUGUUAUCCGUGGUUAUGAUGUAAAUACUGGUGCAUUACUUUGGGUAUUUGAUACAGGUGCUGAAAAUCCGAAUCAGAUUCCGGGUCCUGGUCAGAAAUAUGUCCAAAACUCACCGAAUGCAUGGGCUCCGCUUGCAUAUGAUGCAAAACUCGAUAUCGUUUAUGUACCAACAGGUGUAGGUACGCCAGAUAUUUGGGGUGGUAACCGUACCAAGCUGCAUGAACGCUAUGCAAACUCAAUGUUAGCAAUCAAUGCAACAACAGGUAAAUUGAUCUGGAACUUCCAAACAACUCACCAUGAUUUGUGGGAUAUGGAUGUACCAUCACAGCCAACCUUAGCUGAUAUCAAAGACAAAACUGGACAAACUGUUCCAGCAAUCUAUGUAUUGACUAAAACAGGCAAUGCCUUUGUUUUAGACCGCCGUAACGGUAAAGCAAUUGUACCGAUUAACGAACGUCCAGUACCACAAAGUGUAAAACGUGGUCCGCAAACUAAGGGUGAAUUCUAUUCUCCAACGCAACCGUUCUCAGACUUUAACUUAGCACCUCAAGAAAAAUUAACGGAUAAACAAAUGUGGGGCGCAACCAUGUUUGACCAGUUAAUUUGUCGUGUGUCAUUCCACAAGUUAAAUUAUGACGGUAUUUAUACUCCACCUUCAGAAAACGGAACUUUAGUUUUCCCUGGUAACUUGGGUGUAUUUGAAUGGGGUGGCUUAUCACUUAACCCUGACCGUCAAAUCGCAGUCAUGAAUCCAAUUGGCCUACCUUUUGUCAGUCGAUUGAUUCCUGCUGAUCCGAAUCGUAAACAAACAGCCAAAGGUGCAGGUACAGAAGCGGGUGUUCAACCCAUGUAUGGCGUCCCUUACGGUGUUGAAAUCAGUGCAUUCCUUUCACCAUUUGGCCUACCGUGUAAACAACCUGCAUGGGGUUAUGUUGCUGGUGUAGAUUUGAAAACGCAUGAUGUAGCUUGGAAACGUCGUAUUGGUACAAUUCGUGACAGUAUGCCAGGUAUUCCAUUGCCACCAUUUAAAAUGGGUGUGCCAAUGUUAGGUGGUUCGAUCUCAACAGCGGGUAAUGUGAUGUUCAUUGGAGCAACACAAGAUGAUUACAUCCGAGCAAUCAAUGUCAGCAAUGGUGAUGAGCUAUGGAAAGGUCGUCUACCAGCAGGUGGGCAAGCAACACCGAUGACCUAUGAAAGCAAUGGUAAACAAUACGUUGUGAUCAUGGCGGGUGGUCAUGGUUCAUUUGGUACCAAAAUGGGUGACUCUAUCGUUGCUUAUGCAUUACCAGAUAAAUAA